AGGUGCAGGCCUCCGAUGAUGGGCAGCUGGAGUUCCCGUGCCCGUUCUGCGGCGCGACGAACCAGAUCAUGUACUCGCGGAAGAAAGAGGCCUUGCUUCCGCCGGGCUUCAAGGUCGAGUACCCCUCGUGGUGGCAGAAGGUUCCCGCGGAGGGUGACAGCAGGAUGCUCCUGCCCGCGAAGCAGGAUCAGAUCGACGCCGUCCAGGAGCUGAUGGACCGCACGUGGAAGGACGUCACCACGCGGGACAGGUCUUACGGGAAGAUCCCGAAGAUGAAGGUUGUGCAGGUGCAGCAGAACCACAACCCGCGGCUCUGGAGGAAUUACGUUGUCGCCCGGGAGCACGUGCGAAAGCUCAUGAAGGAGGGCGACGAGCAGUGCGCCCUCACGUGGGAGGUGCAGAAGCAGGACGCCGCAAAGUUCGACUGCCUGGGCGACGAGGACCGCUCGGUCAACGAGUUCCUGCUGUUUCACGGGACCAAGCCCAGCGCGUGCCAGUCCAUCUGCGAGAGCGACUUCAUGGUCAACCUCGCCGGCAGCAGCGCAGGCACGCUCUACGGCAAGGGUGUCUACUUCGGCGAGAACAGCAGCAAGAGUGGCAUUCUGCGCCAUGCUGUUGUGCCGCGUCACGUGCGGCCGCAUGUACUACACUGACCAAGUGAAUCCAGACCACGAUGACAUCUAUGCCAAGUGCACUGGGCCGUCCCGGACACAUCACAGUGUCUUAGGAGACCGGCUGAAGGCCAGAGGCACGUACAGGGAGUUCAUCGUCUUCGACAACGACCUGGCGUACCCCGAGUACGUCGUCAUCUACAAGAGAGUGCUCUAGGGCGCCUCGGGCUGAGGACUUCUCCGACGACCCGCUGAGGCGAAGCGCCGAAGAGCGCCGCCGUUGCGUGUGCCCAUUUUCCAUUUUCACCGGCAUUUGCUCAGCCUGAAAUAGUCUUUCCUUGGAUGGACCUUGUCCCCCAUGCUGCACACGGGCUCUGCAUCUGCCGCGACGGCGUCAAAUAUCCCUUGCGCCUCCGGCGCGUCCUGCUUGUAUUUGCAUCAGCGGCACCUCCCCGUUAGAGGGGCGCUGAUUGCAGGUCCCCCCCCUCCUGCCACGAGAAUUGGUGGCGCGCAAAGUCAGGCAGGGCCAGAAGGGUCUCUGCUGCCUGUUCUGCCUCUCCUCGCGUGCGGACGGGUGUGCCCCUGGGCCGACGUGUCCCCUGCUGCAUUCCGUCCCCCUUUCUGGGCCUCCCUGGGCCUCGCGGGGGGCAUUUUGGGUGGCCACGCC